AUGGCGACCAUUUCUAAUAUGCUGUUACAUCCUGAAUUGAUGAAUAACGAACAGCUCAUAUGUAUAAUUAAAGAGCGCCGUUUAAAAAUACAAAAUUUACAUUUACUACAAAGAGACGAACUACUAUCAAUAUUUCACCAGUUUUGUGUUCCCUACGGGCAACGUACUUAUAAAGAUAAAGAACAUGAGAGAUUAAAACCACCGCCAGAUCUUUUGUGUGGACACAUAAAGAGAAUAAAAUUAGAUACAGACGCACAAGUAGUUAAGGGAUCUGAUAAGUUGAAAAGAAAACCUACACUGGAUUCUAUACUACAAGUUGCAGAUAGUACACCACCAAAAAAGAAUCGGAAACUCAUAACCUGGCCAUAA